UCUGCUCCAGUAAUUAUUUCCCAAUCACAACCCUUUUGCGUUGCUUAAUUCACUUGCCAUUUGCAGAGAAGUUAUGAAUACUGCAUCAGCUCAAUUUCCAUACCCAUGGCAGCUUUGCAAAAUUAUUCACUUGGUGAGUCAUGGACAAGCUAUGCAUAAUGUAGAAGGGGACAAGGACCGUGAAGCACUCUUGUCUGAUCACCUAUUUGAUGCACAACUCUCCCCUUUGGGAUUGCAGCAGGUUUGUAAACUUGGCAAGGAUGUUCAUGCCAGUGGGCUUCUUAAGAAGAUUGACUUAGUCAUCACCUCCCCUCUGUACUGGACCGUGCAAACUGCUAUGGAAGUUUUCGGUAGUGAAAGCCAGGCAGAUGGAGGGAACAGUUGUCCCCAAAUUAUGGCUGUUGAGCUUUGUCGAGAUCGCAUGGGUCAGCGACCUUGUGAUAUGAGGCGGAGGGUCAGCGAGUGUCAAGCACUUUUCCCCUCUAUUGAUUUUUCAAUGAUGGAUGGAGAAGAAGACAGCAUGUGGAAUCCGGACGUCCGAGAGUCUGAAGAGGAAAUGGCUGCACGUAUGGUCCUUUUCAUGGAAUGGUUGUGGACAAGGCCAGAGCAGCAGAUGGUGAUAGUGAGCCAUGGCAUAAUCCUUCAGAAGAUUUUAUAUGUACUUGGAAAUGACUGCCAUCCAACCACGACAUCUGCCUUGCAAACGCCUUAACAAUUGUGAGCUUCGUUCGGUGGUCAUUGUGGAUAAAAGCCUAAGGGAGGCUGAUUCACCGCUUUGCUCACCAGCAGAUGUCGCAAACCUGAAUGUUUCAAGAGGGGAAGUUUCCAACUAAUUGGA